AUGUCAGACAUGGCCGCAAUUGACCCAUCAAGAGUCGUUGCAGAAACUAGCGCCACGGAUUCAUAUCAGAAUCUUCUGUUUUCACUCAUUCAGUUCCGGAUACAUACUGGUGUCUAUCCACAACGAGUUACGGUCGUCACGCACGAGUUCAAGCGCGCUCGUUUUAUGCAGUGCCACUUCCCGGCUGUGGGACUUGUACCUAUUGGUUUGGAGGGAGGCUAUACGCACAAAGCUGCGGUUAUCGGUAUCAACCCGCCGGAGGAGAUUACCCCACUGGAGACAUUAGUUCGAGGCGAGGCAUUGAAUGGGAUUGGGCUUUGGAGACAAGAUAUCUAUGGUGUAAACCGGGAUUUGGCGAGCAAGAGGGUGAAACGAGGCUGGAGCUCUGGAAUGGAAGAGGCCCUGUUCUCUGAUUUGGGGCUGGAGGAUGUGGUCUUGCAUUUUCUCCGAUAUGAUGGAGGUGAUCAUUGCAACAAGUGGUUCCCGAAGCUGGAGGAUUUGCCUUGGGCUUAUACUGGACGUGAUACAACAAACAAGCCUUGA